AUGCUGCUGCUGCAGGUGUUGGAAGCACUAGAUGAUUUGAGGAAGAAACAAGAGCCACAACCCGAGGAGGUGCUUCCAGUUGAGAAACUAAUUGCAGAAGCCUAUUCAGUGAUCGACAAAGCUGUGAAAGUCGGGACGCUGCACAGGAACACAGGAGCACGCAGGAAAUCACGGCUUGCCAGGACUAAAAAGGCUGUCGAGGUUCAUCAUGGCUGGUACACUCCUUCCCCUACCCCUGCUGCAGUUGCCAGCUAA